ACAAAGGAACUACGCGCCCCAGAAUGCACCGGGAAAGCAUCGGCCUAACCAGAAACUACAAUUCCCGAAAUGCUUUGGGUUGGGACCUGCCGCGCAGGCGUAGUGUGCUCAGAGCGAAGUCCGGCUGGGCAGAAAUCAAGAAUGGAGUUGCCUGGUCUUGCUGCAGUUGUGUUAGGGGUCCUACUGUGACUCUCUCUGGGCUUGUAGUCACGGAGGUUUGUUUUCUGCAGAACUGUCGAGGGAAUCAUGUCCCAACAAGGCCUCGCUUGCCAGCCGCCUCCUGAUGUCGACACAGAUGACUGCCUGCAAGAAUACUCCUACCUUUUCAGCCCAAACAUCCUCAAGGGCCAAGUUGCGUUCAUCACUGGAGGCGGUUCUGGGAUUGGAUUCCGCAUAGCAGAAGUUCUGAUGAGACACGGCUGCCAGACGGUCAUUGCCAGCAGGAAUUUGCAGAAGCUGACGGAGGCUGCUAAGAAACUGUCAGCCGCCACUGGCCAGAGAUGCUUGCCCCUCGCCCUUGAUGUCCGGCAACCGCAGACGAUCAUGGCCACUGUCGAUGAAGCCUUAAAGGAGUUUGGAAAGAUUGAUAUCCUCAUAAACAAUGCUGCUGGGAACUUCCUCUGCCCUGCCAGUGCUCUGUCCUUCAACGCCUACAAAACCGUGAUGGACAUCGAUGCCUUGGGAACCUUCAACGUCUCCAAAGUCCUGUACGAAAAGAGCUUGCGUGACCAUGGCGGAGUCAUUGUCAAUAUCACGGCGACCCUACACUACAAAGGUCAAGUUCUCCAGGUGCAUGCUGGGUCGGCGAAGGCAGCGAUAGAUGCGAUGACGAAGCAUCUGGCCGUGGAGUGGGGGCCCAAUGGCAUCCGAGUCAACAGCGUCGCCCCAGGCCCCAUUGCCGGCACGGAGGGCAUGCGGCGUUUGGGUGACCCCCGGCCCGAAGCACUCAGUCUCAGCCAAACCAUUCCCCUCCAGCGGAUGGGCAACAAGACGGAGAUUGCCCACGGCGUGCUGUAUUUAGCCAGCCCUCUGGCCUCCUAUGUCACUGGCACGACCCUGGUGGUGGAUGGCGGAUGCUGGCUGACCAGCCCGAAUGACUUUUCUUCACGGCUGGAUUUCUGGAUGGCGGAAUUAAAGCAAGAUAAAUGAAAGAGAACCACCGAAUGUACAGAUAAAACACUACAACGCAGAUGCUUUCCCACAAACUUUGGAGCGGGGAGAACAACCGUUCCCCUUUCUUUGCCAGGUAGCUUAGACAACAAUAGAAAUGGCAGCAUUUAAGACUUUCUCUUGAUGCCAAGGUCAGGCUCAUGGUGAUGGCGUAGGGCCUUAGAGGUUUCAGGCUGUUACGUUCUCGGGGUCCUGUUCUCUCGUAUCACAAGCACCUAUUGGAUGGUGCCUGUGACGUCACCAGUAAUGGGAGAGAAACGGCUUCUUUAACACCCCUGUCGUUUUUACUUUCCCGUUCUGCUCAUUGUGCACUGUGUGUGGCACAAGAUCUCCAUCUGGGAUGGUAGCCUGGAUAAACAUGGUUGACUUAGAUUUUAAUCUCUUGGUAGCAGAAGUAGUUAUGAUUCUGUUUUUAACGCUUUCCAACUCUUGAGAGGUCUUUUGCUUUGCCUUCGAUUCUUUGCCACCUUAACUCAUUCCAAGGAAAGGGGUGUGUGUGUGUGUGUGUGUGUGUGUGUGUGUGUUGAAAAGCUAUCCCUCCCACCUUUAAUUCUCUCCAGCUCUCCUUAAUGUGGGUCUGGACUAAACAGGGUGAUUUUGCACUUCUUUAUUUUCUCCGUUAGUAAGACAAUAGCUGAAAAAGACAAUCCUCCCUGCUUCCAGAUAGAGAUUCUCUAUCUUUUGCCUAAUAAAUUCCUGUUGAAAUCCU